AUGAGCAAUAUUGAGGAGGAGCUUCAAGAGAUGCUUGAGGAGGGAACCACGAUCUUCCUCACCGAGAAAGCGCAAAAGAAUUCGGAAGUGCAAAUCGCUGUCACGGCAAGAGAUACUGCAUUAGCCGAGCACGAGAAACUUCAGCAGGAGAUUUGCCAAUUGCAGCAGCAGCUGGAAAUCAUGAACACCGCGCUGCAAGAUCAAGUCCCGUGCAAUGAUGUGCAGCUAGUGUUGGAUCAGGCACACGCGAAACCGGUUUCCGCGACCACUCGAUUCUGGAAUGCAAUCGACGCCCUCCAGAACAGAUGA